UAUCGGGGAUCACUAGUAACAUCUAUUCACCUUGUGCGUGAUGGCUGAGUGACGCUCGUUGCUUUCUCGCUGGGGGGAACACGUCAACUCGUUCAUUCGCAUUUCCGUUUUACGGCGAUUAACACCUAUUUUAUAAAUGGCGGACGCAGCUCCAGCCCGUGGUGGUUUUAGAGGAGGAUUUGGUUCUCGUGGGGGUGCCCGUGGCGGACGAGGUCGAGGCCGCGGACGUGGUCGUGGUCGCGGUCGUGGCGGUAAGGACGAUUCCAAGGAAUGGAUCCCAGUUACCAAAUUGGGACGUCUGGUGAAGGACGGGAAAAUUCGUACCUUGGAGGAAAUCUAUCUGUACUCGUUGCCAAUAAAAGAGUUCGAAAUCAUCGAUUUCUACCUGGGACGCGCUUUGAAGGAUGAAGUUCUCAAAAUUAUGCCUGUCCAGAAGCAGACACGUGCCGGCCAGCGCACGCGUUUCAAGGCGUUCGUCGCCAUCGGUGAUAGCAACGGUCACAUAGGCUUGGGAGUAAAAUGUAGCAAGGAAGUUGCUACAGCCAUUCGUGGGGCGAUCAUUCUGGCGAAGCUGUCAAUUGUUCCCGUUCGCCGAGGCUAUUGGGGUAACAAGAUCGGUAAACCCCACACAGUACCAUGCAAGGUCAGUGGCAAGUGCGGCUCGGUUUUGGUUCGUUUGAUUCCUGCUCCACGUGGUACUGGCAUCGUAUCGGCUCCUGUCCCCAAGAAGUUACUGCAGAUGGCUGGUAUUGAGGAUUGUUACACAAUGACUCGUGGCUCAACAACCACUCUUGGCAAUUUCGCUAAGGCCACAUACGCCGCCAUUGCUGAGACUUACGCUUUCCUCACGCCCGAUUUGUGGAAAGAUUUGCCUCUAAGCAAGACUCCCUACCAGGAGUAUGCUGACUUCCUUGAGAAGACCAGCAAGACCGGUCAGCGCAUCAUUGAGCUGUAGAAAUUCCGCUAACUUUUAGGGCAAAGUAUUAAUAAACCCUAUUGUGCCGAGAACACAAACUUCAAA